AUGAUUUACAUUAUUAUGUGUCUUACAGAUGAUUGCCUAGGGACAUGUAAAAAUAAUUUUUUUAAAAUAUGGGAUGAAACAAAAUUAAGUACUGAAAUUAAUGAAAGCCAUGAUAUGCUAAUUAAAUUGCAAAGAGAAGAUGAUGAAUUGUUUCAUCUUGGGUGUUCGCUAUACGAAAAUUACUCUAAUUUAAAAUUAUAUAGCAUUCAAUAUAAAAAUAUUUGCGAUCUUUUCAAAGAAUGGUUAAAUCAAAGAAUAAAUGAAUACAGAGCAAAAAACAAACUAUGUAGUAAGAACGAAUUAUUAGAUAGUACUUUUAAGGUUUUAUGGGAAGAUAAAAAAAAUUCUCAGGAGGAUGAAAAAGGAAACUUCUGCGAAUGGGAACCAUCCACUAAAUAUUACUGUUAUGUCCUAUCUCCAUUGAAAUCCUCUUUUUCUACUGUAUUUCUUUCUAAAAUCAAGAAAUUUGUAUAUGAUAAAAUUUAUAGGGAGAAUAUAAUAAGAUAUUAUAUCCAACGCUUACUUCCCUUUAGAAAUAGAGAAAAUUUUUCAUUUGAUUUUAACACAUUACAUUCAGUGUACACUAUCUCAAUGGGAUAA